ACCCGUGGCCACCUCCCUGUCCCUGCUGUCCCCGCUGUCCCCGCAGGUCAGUGGCGGGGUGGGCGGCACAGCCCGAGCGGCAGCGCAAGGGCGAGGAGCUGACGGAUGAGGAGAAGGAAAUCAUCAACCGGGUGAUCGCCCGCGCCGAGAAGAUGGAGGAGAUGGAGCAGGAGCGCAUCGGGCGCCUGAUGACCCGGCUGGAGGACAUGCGCCGCAGCGUGCUGGGGGACGGCGUCAACCGCUGCAUCCUCUGCGGGGAGCAGCUGGGGACCAGGGGCUCCGCCUGCGUCGUCUGCGAGGACUGCAAGAAGAACGUGUGCACCAAGUGUGGGGUGCAGACCACCAACAACCGGCCCCAGGCCAUCUGGCUCUGCAAGAUCUGCAGCGAGCAGCGGGAGGUGUGGAAACGCUCCGGUGCCUGGUUCUUCAAGGGUUUGCCCAAGCAGAUGCUGCCACAGCAGAUGCCCGUCAGCAAGAAGGGACCCCAAACCCCGAGCGAGCCCCGCCCGGCCGAGCCACCCGCCCCGGACCCCAAAAUCCCCUCCAGGGCACCCACCCGAGGCCAGGCGGAUGCUGAGGACACCGAGGGCACCGACGGCACAGCGGCCGCCCGGGGGAGCCGCAAAGCGGCCGAGGGCCGGCCGGGUCCGUGCGGCAGCGAGGACAGCGCUGGGGACAGCGACAGCCGCGACCACGCUGCGGAGAGCGGGGCCAGCCGGAGCCCCGGUGUGAAGAGAACCAGCUCCGUGCAGGGCCAGCGGCCGCCCCCGCCGGCCAGCGCCCCGGGAUCCGCAGCGCCGGCGGCCGCAGCGGCGAGGCCGGGUGCCGGGGGUCCCGCCCGCUUCCCGGAGAGACAAGCGAGCCCCCCGGAGCCGGCCCGCGGCGCCGCCAGGGAGGAGCGGGCAGGGGGCUCUGCCGUGCCCCCCGGCAGGGAGGAGAGGCCGGCCUGGCAGCCCCCCGCCGCCACCCAGCCCCCGCCCGCAGCCGCGGCCCCGCAGCGGCAGCAGCCCCGCGAGGAGGAGGAGGAGGAUGCCAACAGCUACGACUCGGAUGAAGGCACCACGCUGGGAGCUCUGGAGUUCAGCCUGCUCUACGACCAGGACAACAGCUCCCUGCACUGCACCCUCAUCAAGGCCAAGGGCUUAAAACCAAUGGAUUCCAAUGGGCUGGCUGAUCCCUAUGUGAAGCUGCACCUCCUGCCUGGAGCCAGCAAGUCGAACAAGCUGAGGACGAAGACGCUGCGCAACACACGGAACCCGGUGUGGAACGAGACCCUGGUGUACCACGGCAUCACCGACGAGGACAUGCAGAGGAAAACCCUCAGGAUCUCCGUGUGUGACGAGGACAAAUUCGGCCACAAUGAAUUUAUUGGAGAAACCAGAGUUGCCUUGAAAAAACUCAAAGCCAACCAGAAAAAGAACUUCAACAUCUGCCUGGAGAGAGUAAUACCAACGAAGCGCGCCGGAACAACGGGCGCAUCCCGCGGGAUGGCUCUGUACGAGGAGGAGGUGGAUCGCGGCGGGGACGUGGAGGAGCGCGGGAAGAUCCUGGUGUCCCUCAUGUACAGCACCCAGCAGGGCGGGCUCAUCGUGGGCAUCGUGCGCUGCGUGCACCUGGCGGCCAUGGACGCCAACGGAUACUCGGAUCCCUUCGUCAAGCUUUGGCUGAAACCUGACAUGGGCAAAAAGGCCAAGCACAAGACACAGAUUAAGAAGAAAACAUUGAAUCCUGAGUUUAACGAGGAGUUCUUCUAUGACAUCAAACACAGCGACCUGGCCAAGAAAUCCCUGGACAUUUCCGUCUGGGAUUACGACAUCGGAAAAUCCAACGACUACAUCGGCGGCUGCCAGCUGGGAAUCACGGCCAAGGGCGAGCGCUUGAAACACUGGUACGAGUGUUUGAAGAACAAGGACAAGAAGAUCGAGCGCUGGCACACCCUGCAGAACGAGAACCACGUAGCCAGUGAUUAAAGAGAGCCUCUGGCCGGCCCUCCCCGCCCUCUGCCACGCCCCUGUAGGUCCCUGAUGUCCCUGGUGUCCCGUCUUCCAGCACAGCCAUGCCUUGCUACAGCCUCUGAUCCCAGGGUCCUCCUCCGAGCCCCUCCAUCCUCCACUGGAAACUCCCCCAGAUCUUUUCUAUUCUCCUUUAUUUAUUUUCAGCUGGGGGAGGAAGGCUGUCGGGUUCCCCUGGUGUGUAAUUUUGGCAAGCAAUAGUUCCCUCCUGACUGUUCCCUCCUGACUGUUCCCCCUCUCUCUCUCCCCGUCCCCGUGGCAGCGUUCCCGUCGCGUUUCUGACGCUCCGUGUCCCUCCAGCCUCCGCUCCGGCGUCUCCCCCAGGGAGAUGGGAGUGCUGGGCCUGGGAGCAUCAGCCUGUCCUUGCUUGUGUGAUCUCAAUACCUCAGUUGCAAUAACGAAAAAGCUCCUUGGCUUUGGUGUGGGUGUCACCGUCGCCUGGUGUCCGUGUCGUCGUGGUCAGGCCGAAUCCGGUGUCACCGGCGUCAUCCUGCGAGUCCUGCUUGAGCUUCACCUCUGGUUCGGCCCAGCUGAGCAAUGUUGUGGCACAUCCUUUGCUGAGAAGAUCCACCACCAACAGCACGACAGCGACAAGGAGGGUUUGGGGAGCUCUGUGCUCGCAGGGGAGCAGGUUUGGGUUGGUUUGUGCUGUUCCCGGCCGCCGCAGGCGGUUCCUCCGCCCAAGGAAUUUGGGGGCUCCGCUGCUGUAGGAGCCCAGCUGUGUUUUAGGGUUGUGACUACCUCCUCUUCACCUCUGAGCUGUGUAGUAGUGACUGGCCGAGCCCUGGAGGGGUCCUAGGUCCCCUCAGACCCCUCCUGCUUCCGAGGAUUUACUGUUCCUUGGGAGGGAAGCUGAGGGAGCUGCUGCUUCCCCCCAGCCCCCUGAUGUGUGCAAGGAUUAUUGCUUCAAACCACCACAGCUCCUGGAAUUAGCUGGAACAGUCCGAGAUCUUCCAAACUUGGGUUGUUUUGGUUUGGUUUUCUUUCGUUUUCCCCAGUUUUCUGCACAAGAACUCUCAGCCUGCACUUUAAGGGUGGCCUGGAGCUGUUGGAUCUGGUCUGGACAGCAGGAGAGCACAGACUCUGCAGGUGCUGCUGCUGGGCUCUGGAGCCAUUCCCUGGCUCUGGAGCCAUUCCCUGGCUCUGGAACAAUUUCCUGGCUCUGGAACCAUUCCCUGGCUCUGGAGCCAUUCCCUGGCUCUGGAGCCAUUCCCUGGCUCUGGAACCCCCCAGGCCCUGUGGAUAGGAGCACACUAAGCACUAUGGAAUGUAUGGAAUUUUUUUGUCACACUGAGCAUGGGGUGUGAAACCUCCCCCUGGCCCCCUGCCCCCCCUGCUGCUGCUGCCCUCUUGGAGUUGGCUGAGUUCCAUUCUCCUGAUAUUUUCUUGAUCUCCCCGCACCCCCAGCAGAGCUUGCUGAUGUGCCCUGAGUGUCCCCAGCCCCGGGUGACACAAACCCCUCUGAGCUGGGCUGGCCCAGCCUGGCACAGGCUCCCCCCUCCCUGGAUCUCCAGGUGGGAAAAGCCAACCCAAGCCACCCCAGAGGGUCCAGCCAGGGCUGGGAAUCCUCCUCCAUCACCCCAAGUGAUGUGAUGGUGCUUGUGGCUUGGCUUGGGGUGGAAAGGAAGAGGACACCUGGAAAUUUUCCCAUUUUUCAUGGAAUUCUUGCCUCUGUGCUGGUCAGUGUGGCAUCCCUGAGCCGCUCUGGCCAGGAGCAGACUGAAACAAUCCUGGUUUUUUGGACUGUUCCCCUCUCCAUCCCGUGCUGAGCUGUGGGAUCCAGGAGCAAUGGUUGGACUCUCCCUUUCUCAACCUUAAUGACUCCAAGCUGCCACCACCCCUUCCAGAGGGAUGGACCUGGCCCAAACAUUCCUGGUCAUACCCAGGGCAGCACCUGGGCACGGAGCUGUGCUGUGGAAAUGUGUGGCUGAGGGUAAAAAAAACCUUUAAAAUAAUUAUUUAAGCAAUUCCUUAAUUUCUCCCAGUCCUGCAGCAGCCCAGCCUCCUUUGUGUGCAGAACAACUCACUUAAGGUUACCCUUCUCCCAUCCUGUACUCCCAUCUCUGUUCAGCCUGCUCUCUUUGGGAAAAGGAUACUCAGAUCAUCUCUUUGCACCUCCAAAAAUCAAGUGCAACUUGCCAAUCUCCUCAGUAUCGUGCAAAACCACAGCCCUGGUCUCUGCCCCCCCUCUUCUCAGUUUUUCUGAUUAUAAUUCCUGCCCUGAAUGACUUCUUUUUGUUGUAAAUAAAGCAUGCAACUAUGGAUUGGGAAUGGUGAAAAACAAACAAACAAAAAGGCAAAAAAAAAAGAAAAUGAAAAGCCUCUUCUACUGCUGUUUGCAUUCAGACUCGCAUGCAGUGAUUUUACAGCCAAAUAUCAGUUUACAACUGUUAAAGAGAAAAAGAAAACCUUACACAGGAAUUAGAAAUCCUCCAGUCUUCCGCUGCAUGCAGCACAACAUCCUCUCUUGAUGUGGUAUCUAAUAAAGUGAGACUAUUGGAAAAGAA